CCAGCAAUCUGGUUUCCAUAAACAAAGCCAUCGAAAUCGCUUAAAAGCUUUGGCUUUAAAUGUACCCGCGAGUAGACUCUCUUCGCAUCCAGAUCGAGAAUGAAGUGUUUAAUUUUUGCCUUUGCCACUGCCGUUGUCCUGGCGUCCCUGGUGACAGCCGGAAAUGUGAUUAUUGGAGGCGCCUGUCGGGAUUGCAGUCCUCCGGUGGCGGAAAAUGUGGUGAUCGGUGGCAAGUCCUACAGGACUGGCCGGCCCGGACAGGGAACCGUCUUCAUUGGCUCCCCGGAGGCCUAUCCCGGUGCCCUGGGUCCUUCUGCUGGUCGUGACGGACCUCGUGUCAUUGCCGGAGGACCUGCCCUCGGGGGUGGUGGUGGUGGAGCCCGGUAUCCUGAUGGUUAUAGUGGCCGUCUUCCAGGUGGCACUUACCUCCACAACAAGGACUGUGUCGGUUGCAGCAUUAGCGGAGGUGGAGACUAAGACUUCGAUUGUUAGAAGAGAGGGAAUGUAAAUAAAUAUUCUAAAAAUAAUAAAAAUAAUUUUUUUAAAAAUUA